ACGACCUCUCCUCCCCCCUGAGCCGGCUACCCCUCAACCCGGUUUAUUCGCUCCCCUCCCAUCUUCCCGAGCAGAAGAAAUCCAGCAGAGGACGGAACGAGAGCUAGGGUUUUGAUUCCGGCCGCGCGGCGCCUCCCCCCUCCUCCCUCCCUCCCUCCCAAACGCAUCCGGCGGCAUCGGCGGGCGAAGUCUCGGGGAGACACCAAGGUCGGGAGAGCCUGAAGCGGCGUACCCUCCACCCAAUCGCCGACCCCCCCCGCGCGCCGCAAGAGUUGCAAUUGCACUAUUGGAGUUUGCCACUUGGUUGUUCAUUGAACAAUUUAAAUAUGUCAUAUUAUGCAAGAAGGGGUGGAGAUAGGGGUAGUGGCCGUAUCCAAGGAAGUGGUGGGCGAGGUGGCUAUGCCCUGCGUGGAAGAUCAGGACUGCCUCCUCGAGGUCCUCUUGGUGUUAUCUCCCGACCAUCUGCACGCACUAUUGCUAAGGCAAGGCCAAAACUGUCACUAUGUUAUUUGUUCAUGGUCCGGUUCCUGAAUAAAGUAGAAAACUGAAUGAGGAGAGCAUCUGUAUGCUUUCGUUAUAUGGAGGGGGCAGGAGUAACUGUGAUGCUGUCACUAAUGUGACCUCCAUUGGUUAGAGCAUCACUUCAUUAUUUGGAGGCCUGGAGGGGCAGACAUAACUUUGGUAUUUGUCUAACAAGAAAUCAUGCGGGUAGAGCAUAAGCUUGCGUUUAUGGAGGGGCAGAAGUAACCAGCGGUCAUCUCUAAUGGAAAUAUUGUUGGAACACCUCCUUUUUCUUCAAACAUGUUGAAAGAAAUAAAAGAAAAGGAAAGGAAAGCUUGUGGAUUUCUUUCGGUUCAAUGUGUAUAAACCAUGAAGCGCUGAAGGGCGGACUCCAUCCAUCCUCUUUCUAUAUAUGGAAAUUCAGUGUGGCUUUUAUCUGGCAACUUUGGAUUGUGUUCCGUACUCCCACUGAAGUUCUUCUAGUCUGCCUCCAGAGCAAAUGCUCUAGCAAUUUGUCUCCUGGGCUUUGAUAUUGGUGGCUCUCUUUCCCUCUCAGCUGUUAAUGCAGUACUACAUAGUUUUGCUAUUUCUCAGUUAAUUAUUGCCACUCUCCUUGAAAGAUCGAUGAUAAACAAUGUGGUUCCUGAUAGUUGGCAUGAUGAAACAGUUUGAGGAGAUAUUCUUUUAUAAUGACUUGUUCCCUCACAUGCUGGAUGUUUGGCAUUUUUCAGUCAUUUAGCAGAACCAAAGACAUGACUUGGAGACCUGAUCUAUUUAGUGAUAGUAUGGCGGCUAGUGGAAUAGAAACUGGUACAAAAUUGUACAUUUCAAACUUGGAUUAUAGGGUUUCUAAUGAGGAUAUAAAGGAGCUGUUUUCAGAAGUUGGUCAUUUGAAACGCUUUGCUGUUCACUACGAUGGUUAUGGCCACCCUAAUGGCACUGCAGAGGUGGUGUUUACACGGCGGAGUGAUGCAAUCGCUGCACUAAAACGUUAUAAUAAUGUUCUACUUGAUGGUAAAGCUAUGAAGAUAGAAGUCAUUGGAAGUGACUUAGGCUUGCCUAUGACACCUCGUAUAAAUGUUGUUGGGGCAUCUAAUGGCAGAGCUACAAGAACAGUUGUUAUGACGCCUGAGUUUAGUCAACGUGGCAGAGGUUCAAGCAGUAGACCUUUAAGUAAUCCGAGCAACAGGUUUAACAACCGUGGUGGUUUCCAAGCUGGUCGAGGCCGUGCCCAGUUCCAGGCCCGUGGCAGGGGCCGUGCCCAGUUCCAGAGCCGGGGCAGGGGCCGCGGCCAAUUCCAGGGCCGUGGCAGAGGGAGGAAGCCUGAGAAGACUGCAGAUGAGCUGGAUAAAGACCUGGAAAGCUACCACGCCGAGGCCAUGAAAACCGAUUGAUUGCAAGGAUGGUGCUCCCUUUCAUGUCUCGGCUGCAAGAUCGUGGUGUAGCCGUUUGUGCCGUAUUAUUUUCUGGGAGCAUAUUGCAUCUGUCUCCUUUGGUUUGAGGAAACUAUUCCCCUUGCCCGUAGUGAUCUCGAAUGAAAAACCACCCUAGUGUCUAGUAUCUAAUGAUUUGCCUUGAAACUCGCAACCUAAUGUGUUUAUUUUGCUUACCGGUUGCUUUGGAGAUUAUCAUGAAUGCUGCAAUGUCAAUCUAGAGAUGUGUUGACAAA